GCGGAAAGCCUCUACUACACAAUACGUUCUUACUCGCAGCAAGUUCUGCCCCCCUCCAUCACUAGUACCAUUCAGGGAUUGAGACGAUCAGAUCAAAAAAAUGCUCGUUUCACUCUUCUCCUCUGGAGAGGGGUGGACCUCUGUCUGGAGCCAAAUACCUGGCUACAUCCUGAUACCGUGUAGCAUCAUUUUAGGAGCGUGGUUGCUUUUCCUAUUCCUGUGGCUCCAGAUCGAUCGACCGGACAAACUAGCUGGGUAUCAGGAGCCUAGCGACUUCACCUUCCCGAGGGCGGCUAGCUUGUUGUUAUGUAUGAUGAGAAGGAAGGGCGACGGCGAGUCAGACUUUUGUUUUGUCGAGGGCAAACAGACAUUCUACUUUCUAUUCUAGAAUUAGUUGUAGUACUAACACGUUCUGUACUGUACCUUGUUGUUAAUUAUACUGUGUAGGUGUUUCAAGAUGGUAAAAAAUGCUUUCAUCUUAAAUAUUGCAAAAAAACCCAUCUGAAUCUAAUCUCCUUCGGAGUGACCGGCGUUGAGAAUCGAAAUGCUGAGCAGCAGCCUCCUGCCAGCAAUGCCUUCAAAGUUGCGAUGCUCAUGGGACUUGUCUUCCUGUUCCUCGUCGUCAGUUUCCUUGCAGCAACUGAAGCUGAUCGAGCUCAGGGAGGUAAGAAAGAUAUAUGCUAAUCCUAAGAAUAGCACAAGAUAUAUGCUAAUCCUAAGAAUAGCAGCAGUCGGGCAGCAGUAGCACAUACACCAGCAUUUUGUGUACUUCCAAUAUUCCGGACUUUUUUUUCUUCUGGAUGUGAUUCAUGAGUUGUGUUUAUCUCUUCCUCUGGAAAUGAAUUCAAAUAAAACGGAAUAAAGUCAAAUAUUCUUGGAUAUUCUCAACUUUUGGUGAAAUUUGAGCAUUUCAAAACUAUUUCAAGAGGUAAAAGGCAUCUGCAAGACCUAAUAAGUCAACAAAUUUCAUGAGCUACAGUCCUGACAAAAGCCAGGUCUAGAUAUUUUUAGCAUUUUUUUUAAGCAUCUGAAGCUAGUGAUAGCAUAGUUCUUAUGCUAACUUUGUGCUUAGUCGGACCUCUUCACCAGGCACUACCUUGUACUGUAAAUCGACAUGUGUCAUCUGGAACAUCAAUUGUUCUUCAGUACUAUGCACCAGGUCUCCUUUAUUUCCUGUACACGACUACGCUCUUAACGCUGGUACUUGGUGUUUUGGCCUUUGCACUAUGGGGCCAUGCGUCUCCAGUGAGAAACGAAUACCUAGGUGGAAUGGCGGCAUUGGUUUUUUUCACAGUUGUGUCUGCGUACUCUGUGGGCACGUUCAAUUUCUACAUAAACGUGUCGCCGUUUUUACAGUUAUGAUUGUGGACGUUGCAAAUGUAAAUGCAUCCCGAACUGAUGAUGAAUAAGUAACUGAUUUACUUGAGUCUCAAGAGGACUCGGACUUCGACGAGAAGAAACGAUGAGGACUCGGACAGUCGACGAGAUACAUUUCCUGUAGUACCUCUAAUGGAGCAGGGACUCGGUCGCCACUACAUCCAUGUCCAGCCAACAGCAGACGCGGUUUCGUACCUAGAUGCGGGUCGCAUCGAUUUUGCCCCAAUGUCAAGGGUCCUAGUAGACGCGACGGUCGGUUUCAAGAUGAACGGCGACGUGUACUGCUCAGCCCCGAUAGUUAUGAGCAAGAGCUACAAGAAAGGACUAACAACUACAAGAGGACUAGAAGCACGAGUAUGGCAUCGAGAUUGUUUUUUCACAAGUCAGAGUUACUAACAAUAGUAUCUUCUAUAGGUUUUUCACCAGCGAAGAAAGCGAAUGGAUAUGGAAUACUUUUACGUACCCAUGAACAACAAGAUUCCUCCAUCACCUUUUGCUCUCUCAAGUCCCUGUCUCUAAUCCAGAAGAUCCGAACUUCCUAACCGCAACGAUACAAUUCUUCGCAGUGGGGAAGAACUGCUGCAAUCAUGAGGGGACGUUUCAGUGCGCGCCGUCGACAGGUGAUAUGGGCGGAAACGUUCUGGUCUUACGGAUGAAUAGCUCAUAGAUUAUGAAAUUGAAACUUGUGGUCGUUUGUAGACUUGCACUUGUAGCUAGAGCUCCAUAUUAGAAGUUCGUCCCCAAGAACAAGUGAAUAUCUAACUCUCAUGAGUACCUGACAUCUUGAUAUCAUAUGGUCUUCUCUCCUACAGGACUAGGCGUGCGGCUUGGACAUGGGUUUGGGUUUAACUAGGCGUGCGGCUUGAUCAUGGGUUUGGGUUUAGGGUUGGGUUUAGGGUUUAGAGUUUUGCAUGCCCCUCCUCUAAUCAGCUCACCAGUAACAGGCGAAGAUGCAGGCUUCUUCUACAAGCUGGUUGUGAACCUCAGAGAGCUGAUAACGCAAGGUGCGCGCUUCAAAACGGAUAAGGACAUCUACAAGACGCAAGCGCAAGCAAUAGGCACAGUGUUGCAGAGGACGGUAAGUUUUUUUUGGGAUUGUGAGUGUUUUUCAAUCCGCUGUAUUCACUUAAAGAUACGAAGUUCCUUGCAGUGGUUCUUUCGUCCAAAUUCUCGGAACCGAGUCCGUUUUUACAACUGCUGGUUUGUUCCAUCUUGUCGUGUUGCUGCUUCUCUCCUUUGUUUUUCACUCCGUUGUGUUCUUCAAACGUGGUUUUCAGAUAGAAAUCACUUUUCAAAAGGCCGUAGCACGUUUCAUCAGGUUUCCCCUGACGCCAUCUUCGUGGAGCUUGAUGACACUGCGCCAAGACCAAUAGCAACGGAUAUGGCUGCUCUCAAAAGCGAGACUUUUGGCAACUACUUGCAACCAGAUGCGACGUUGAAUUCCACUGUCAGUCCUCUGUGGUUCUUGACAAAAGCAGGUGGCAACGCCUUCAAUAUCCUGGUCUCGGAUGAAGUCUCAGACUCAUUAAAAUACUUCGGGAGAAAAGCAGAUGGAACGCUAGGAAUGAAAGCGAAGGAUGGCGGGACUGGUAAUACAUAGGCGUUGUCAAAACCCCCGCUCGUUAUUUAUUUGGAUGUCAGAUUUGCAAGAGGCAGAGCCGUGAUAUGCAAGUUUUUAUCACAAGAUUGAGUCUUUGAAGAUGUCACGUUCGUAUCUUCGUAUCUUCGUACUCUUCCUUGCAUGAUUCGCACCAACAACAACAAAAAGGCACUGAGCGUUGGCGAGUGGACCGAAAUGUAGGACCUGGCGCGUGGCAAUUAGUGAGCAGUGGAGAGUACCUUGUAAGGGACGCAUCAGGCGGCGCAGACGUAGUAGCAGGACUCUCUCCCACAGCACCAGUGCUAGACCCACAAUGGACUUUGCUACCAUCCGCAGCUGCAAGUUCGAAAGAUUUUAUGAUGGAUGUUGGAGAUCUCGACAUAUUAGUGCCUGGUUUGUAUACAGCCUACUUACUUAAAAGUACAAUGAACUACAGAAGUUCUUGACCAAAUAGACGGAAUAGAUGACACACCAGCUUCAUCAGUACUCUAACAACAUGGUGUACGUAUAAUUCAUACACUCCGCUUGGUCCACAGUCCCAUCCCCAUAGUAUCCCCCUCAUCUCCCUAUUCAUAACCUUAACGCGACCUCACAGUCCGUACCUGGACGAAAUGGAGCCUGGUUUGCGACUUUUUAGUGGUCCUUUCUUUCUCUACGGAUCACUAGCCGCAGUGGGCGUAUGGAUUUUGGCAGGAUUUUUCUAUCUGCUCUUCUUGCUCAUCGUGUUGGCGGCUUUGCGGGUGUGAAAUAGUUGUACAUGAAGGAGAGGAGCAGGGGGGCCUGGACCAUUGCUUUUUUUCAUUGUGAUACAUCAACCUGAUAAAUUGCGACGGACCAUAAAUGCCAGAAACAAGUCGCGAGUCUGCGAUGAGUCCUCUAGGUUACGAAAUUCGAGAAACAAGAAGAAUCACUAGAAGGGCUUCCUCGCUCUUCUCUCUACUAGAACUUGAUGGUGCAGAGCACUUCUUCUAAAAUGAAAAAAAAAGGGGUGAGGUCAAAGCAAGAUGAAGCAGGUGUCCAAAGUGAUUUUGAUUAAGUAGACAUAAUAAAAUAUCUUGCAGAAACCUGCAUCAAAUGGGUGCAGAUGAAGAAAAAGACUGAAGC